AUGCAUAUUUAUUGGUCCUCUGUGUUUUUGCUUCCUGUGCGUGUUGUUAAGGAGCUUGAAGCUAGAAUGAGAAAUUUCUUAUGGUCUCAAGAUGUGUCGUUCAAUAGAGGUAAAGCUAAAGUUUCGUGGAAAGUGGUUUGUACUCCUAAGUAUGAAGGUGGUUUAGGCAUUAGACGGAUUGGGGAUAUGAAUAAAGCCCUGAUGGCGUCUCAUAUUUGGAGUAUUGUGAUGAAGCGGGAUUCUCUUUGGGUCAAGUGGGUUCACUCUUAUCGGCUUAAAGGAAAGAAUUUCUGGGUUUGCAAAGCUACUUCAAAUUCUACUUGGUCAUGGAGGAAAAUCAUUCAGUUGAGGCAUGUUAUUCGGAAAUAUGUUUGGUCCGAUGUGGGUAAUGGCCGUGAUACAUCAGCUUGGUUUGAUUUUUGGAGUGAUUUAGGCCCUCUUGGUGAUUUUCUGUCACCAAGGACUAUUACGGAUGCUGAUUUUCGGUUAGAUGACACUGUUUUCAAUAUUUUCUCUAACGAUACUUGGAAUUGGCCUGUCGCAUGGAGGGAUCUUUUCCCUGUUCUUAUUCAGCUGGAUCACUUUCGUUUAGACCCGUCAAAAUCUGACCGAUUGCUAUGGAAAGAUGGGAACGAAUGUCAGGAUUUCUCUUCGUCAGCUGUAUGGCACUCGGUUCGUCAUAGAGAAUCAGAGGCACGCGUUUAUGAUGUGGCUGAUUAUGAAGAGAAAGCUCCUUACUCAAGACAAGAUUCUGCAGUGGGAUUUCUCAAGGCGGAAAAACAUGAAUAUGAUGUGCUGUCUAUUGUGCUACGAGAACUUUGA